AUGUUUAUUGUUGCCAAGAACAACAGCUUUAAACCUGUGGUCACUAUAAACUCAGCUCUGCAGGUGCACAUGUCUGAAAACAACACAUGUUUAAUGCCUCAGAUUUUCUCUACAAUCAGAUAUAAAGCACUUGACUAUGUGUUUGAAAUGACCACCAGUUUGAAAGUUAUGAUGAACUUGCUGGCUCUGCCAACACCUUAUUUAAUGAGUACACAUGACGUGUACCCUCACAGUGGUAAAGUGCCUGAGGUCACCUACAGAACACCGUGGAUCAGAGGAAAGGUAAUCUCCACUUGCAAACUUUUUGUCAGUGGAUCUGUGCUUGACGACCUGGGUGCAAUAAACCAACCAGUCAAUUCACCAGAAAGAUUCAAUGCAACUCUAAAUGGGGUGAAUGGGGAUGUGGAGAAAAUAACCAGUUCUAAUCCCAACUUCAUCAAAGAUAUAGAUGAGGAUACUUGCAACUCAGAAGAGUUGCACAUCAGUGAUCAAUGUUCAGAAUCAUUUUUCAAGUGGACAGUGGCUCAGAUGUACCCUGAAAAGCAGUACAACUUUAACUCAGCAGAAGAGGUCAUAGUUGUUGAUUACCUGCCAAAAUUCAAGCGACAUCUACCCACGCUGAAAGCCAAACUUUCCAGGCUGAGGACUCUUCCUGUGGUCGAUCCACUGCUGAGCUCAACAGGAGACACCAUCUCUGAGGAAUCAAUAUUCAGUGGUCAAAUAGAUGUUGCUCCUGAGCUGCUGGAGGAACAGCUUCCAGUUGUGGAUGUGCUUCAUCAAGCUGCCCUUUCAGAUGCAUCAGUAUCAGUGAAUAAAGCCCAGUUUGACUUUGAUAAGGAGCACAGUGAAGAAUGCGAGAUGAAUGGAUGCCUGAUGGAUCCAGAUUUAAUUCGACAUCUCGUGCUUCCAUAUGAAAUGGAGCUGGACGUGACUCUGUCACCAUCUCCAAAAAAAGGUCACACCUAUCUCUGCCUGUCCACUUCUGAACUCAAGAAGAAAGCAUUGUCACAGCUUGGCAGACAAUGUUUGGUGUCAUCGAGAGCUCAAAAAGAAAUGGAGAGGGCAUGUUGGAAAGCAGAGAAGCAUCUAAACUUUGUGGUGGGCUUACUGUUGGCAGAGCCUCCGAUAUCUGUGCCAGCAAUCAACUACCAGCCUCUACCCGAGGCCUUGAAAGUCAUAAAAUCAGAAAGACAAGACUUUUUAUGUGCUGGUGGUGAACUGGAGUCACAGCUGAGCACAGGAGUCACACAUGAGUUCACUGAGAGCAUGAUGACUGGGUUUCCCACGAGUGAAGUGGAAAAGAUGGAAGACUUUAAGAAAGUGUCACCGGGACAUGUCCUAUCCACAGUAAGACCCGUCCUGAUGAGUCCUACAAAGAAUACUCUGUUAACUCACAUGAAGAAACCUGAAGAUGCUGCUCUUCAAGCAGAGGCUGCUAGAGAUAAUCGUCAACAAAAAGAAAUCACUGCUGACAUGUCUCAGAACACCCUUCUGCAAAAUGUCAACACAAACAAUGAGGAAGUAAAAAUGUCAAAACCUGCUGCUUCCGCAAACGCCAAAGAUCCCAGUCCUAAAGUGAGGUUCUCCGAUUUGGCAGCUUUGUCUUCUGCUCAUAAGAACAACACCGUUACAGGUGGUAAUGACUUUCAGACCAAGCACAGUUUCCUCCCUCCAGAGCAGGCUGUGUCCACCACCCUGAAAAUAAGAGAUAAUCUCAGUCAUCAGCCAAUUACUAAACGUCCACCAGAAAAGGACCUUGACCCUCUCUACACCUUCAUGAUACUUAGAUCCCAGCAGACAACUCCAGUUACUGCAGCACCUCAGAGAUCAGCCAGUACUCCAGCACCACUGGAAGCUUCAUCACAGCCGCAACCUCCUCCAGAGCAGAUACAAAUAUCGGAGAGGAGAUCAAUUUAUAUGGGUGGUACCGUGUCAGGAAAUGCCUCUAGAGUGCAGGAGUCAGCCGGUCGGUGGAAAGUCAUCAGUCAUGCAGUCAGUCAGGAGAAACCAGACAGCAGAGUAAUACAGCUUCAAGCUACAGACAGCCAGCAGCAUGCCUACUGUGAGCUGCUGGCCAUCGCUCAGCCUUGUUUGAACUCUGUCAGACAGCUGGGCCUCAACUUCCCUGUGUGGGGGGACUUCAGCUGCCUAGCCCCCGACCAAACACGCUUCAUCCUCAAACAGCAGGAGAAGGCUCUGUGCAGAAUAAAUGCUUCAAGCCCAGAGCUGAUCAAAGAACAGGAACUGAUUUUCAGAAAGGCCACUCUGAUUCAUGUGCUGGUGACAUCCAAGGAGCUGCUGCUGAAGUGUGACCUCAGUACUGCACUGGCAUACCUUAGUAAGGCAGCUGAGGCAUGUUUGGAGCAGAGUUUGGAGCAGCUGAUGAAGAGGCUGCAGAUCAUCCUCUUCCUCAGUCGCAAGAACAAGGAGUCUGACCUCAAACUGCAGGAGCUGCAGCAGCUGCUGGCUUCAUGGCUGCACAGCGGGAAAGGGCAGAGCAACAUGGACAAAAUUCUUGUCAUAUUAUCAACUGACCCUGACAGCAACAGAUCUACAAUCACCAACAUCUUGAGUCAAGUUGCCGGUGCUACGUUGACUGUCCUGAGUCCUGGGGGGAAUAAGUCCAAAGUGAAUGGUGCCAGUGUGGUCAGCAGUGUGUCUGACAGUGUGUGUGCAGUGGUGUUUGAGCAGCACAUAGGUCCAGACUUCCCCUGGAACAGUUUCUGUCUGGUGGUGGAGUACGACUCUCCGGGCCAGUCUGCGUGGUCCACAGUCUGCAGAGAGAGGAGCAUCAGUCACCUUACCUUCAGCACCAGCAUCACUGACACUGCGAAGGAGAACUGUCUGGAAGACAGCGUGCCUUAUGUGCUGCUUGUGACAGGAGAGCUUCUUAAUUGUCCACUGCUGCUACAAACACUGGAGUCAGAGUUUAAUAUAACCGUGUUGGAGAGGAGCCACUGUCCAUCCCUGCAGAUACUUGGUGGGACUCAACACUAUUCUGUGGUCACAGUGGAUGAAAGUACUGCUAUAAUAGUUCAGAAGCAGGAUGAGCUACAUCAGGAACGAGCCAGUGAGGGUCUGGUGAUGAGGCUGACCGCUCUCUCUCUUCAGUAUAGCUGCUGUUGGUUGAUCCUGCACUGCCCGGACAUCCACGGAGGAGGAUUCUAUGGCGAAGCCUUCAGCAACUUGGUGUUGGUUUAUUCUUCUCUGGUGCUGUUUGGGAUGAAGUCCAAGGAUCUACAGAUCAAGGUUCUGAUAGUGUCAGAGGUUUUGGAAAUUGCCAAGUGGAUCAGUCGGCUCUGCUUCCACAGCCUGAUGUCCAGUGACAGGGAUCCUGUCGGUUACCUGGACAGAGACUGGUUGAGUGUGAUGCCUUCACAGGAGGAAGAGUGUCUGUUGCAGUUCCCAUGCAUUAACUCUCUGGUUAGUCAGCUCAUGUUGAGGAGAGCGCCAACCCUCCAGUGGUUGCUUGGAGCCUCGCUGCCACAGCUGAAUGAGCUCCUCCCUGAAGUGCCACACAAAGUCCUCAAGCUGUUCAGUGACACCACUUCCCUUUACACACUGACCACACCAUUCACCCAGCUAAAGUCUCCGACAGUGACCACAGACCCAAACCAACAAACCUUCCAACCGCAUCGUUCCACCUCCCCUCCUCCUCAGCAGCCAUUCUCUUACCAUCACAACACCAACGUCCUGUUUACACCUGCGAGUACAGGGAGCAGCUUCUUUGACCAAGACCCAGACCUGAUAUUGCAAGACGAAAACAAUGACUUCAGACUGGACCCUAGUUCCUUUGGCAAUCCAGAUGGUUUCCUGCAGAGCAGCUGGCCCAGUGGGGAGUUCUGGGGAAAGGAGGAGACGUUUUCAGGAUGGAGAAGCACAACUGGAGCAGUCGGAAGAGUUAUCAGGAGAGUCAACAACGAAUGGAAACUUGGGCCUCCACUAAACCUCAGCGGCAACACUAGCUGCCUUUACAACACCGAGGACAGUCCUCUCAAGCUGGACUCUGCCCUCAGGUCAAGUCCAGUCCUGCAGCAGCUACCUGAUGUCAACACUCAAAUGCCAACUUACUCUUCUGUCCUCAGUGACCUCCAGCAUCCUAACAGCCACCACAUCACCUGCAGCCUGCUGAGCCCUCCCACUGGAGUCACACUGUGGAGUCCACAAAGAAGUGGCCAAGGCUGCCGUUCUAACAGCAGCAGGAUAAAAGCAAUUUCACCCAAGUAUGGCUCCAAAUGCUGGAUAGGAGGAGAGCGGAAGAGGAGUGGGGAGGCUGCAGACGUGGCUGGAACAGAACUGACGCCUCUGAAGAAGGGCAGGCUGAGCUAUGAGAGGGUUCCGGGCAGAAGUGACGGACAGACAAGGCUUAAACUAUUUUAAAUGCAAAUGCUUUGCUCCGCCUACAAGAAUGAAAUCUUUAUAGUUUUGUUCAAUUCAUUGUUGCAUUUCAGCCUUUAAUUACAUUGUAAAUGAUGAGUUUCGAAUUUUGGGGAGCACAUUUCUACAUUUUAUAAGCAACAUUACUGUUUUCUUCUAAAUGUAGCUUUGGUGAUUUAUUUGUAUGUAAUCGUUUAGAACUUAAAUUGCACCAAGUGCUGACAUAAUUACAUAAUACUAAUGAAAAGCCGAUAAUUAUAAUUAAAAUAUAGUUUUGGUCUUAGGUUUGUUCCAAAGCACAAAUGUACUAAUUUAUUAAAUCAAAACGUG